AUGCUCGGCACUUUGAAAACUCAGUUUACUAUUGCAAAAGCAAGUAGUCAAUCGAGAUGUAUUGAUUUCGAUCCUUAUGAUACUCUCGGAGUGAAUAAAAGCGCAAGUCAAUCUGAAAUCAAGAAAGCUUACUACCAGUUGGUCAAGAAAAACCAUCCAGACGUAAAUAAAGAGAAAAAUUCUGAGAAGAAGUUCCACAAAAUUCAAGAGUCUUAUGAGCUUUUGAGUGACAAAGAAAAGAGAGCGCAGUAUGAUCAAUUUGGAAACGCCGCCUUCGAUGCCAAUGGAAAUUCCAAUCAUUUUGCUGGUGGUAAUCCUUUCGGUGGCUCACAAGGGGGGCCUUUUUCUGGCAUGGGGUUUGAUUUCGAAGAUUUAUUCAAACAAGCGUUUAAUGGGGGGUCUCAAGGAAGAAGUGGUGGUAGAGGACAGUUCGUGACCGAGCACGUGGGAGAUAAUAUCGAGGUCUUAAAAACUAUUUCUUUCAAAGACGCCAUAUUUGGCACUAAAGUUGACGUUAAUUAUAAAGCAGUCGACACAUGCUCAUCUUGCUCGGGUUCCGGUCUAAAGAAAGGAAAAAAGAAGAACACUUGCCGUACCUGUCAUGGUUCGGGACAAAGUGUCCACGUCAUGGGAGGAUUUCAGAUGAGCUCGACAUGUAAUGCAUGUAGCGGGUCUGGUGUUACAAUUGAGAGAAAAGAUCAAUGUUCUUCUUGUAACGGAAAUGGUGUCGAAGAGAUCCCGAAAUCGAGUUCUGUUGAAUUGCCUUGUGGAAUUGCAGACGGAUCACGGCUCAGAAUCCCAGGUGGUGGUGAUGCUCCAUUUGUUACAAAGGAUGCAUACAAUCAAACCAGGAAUGGAGACUUGAUCGUGCGUGUUCACGUACAAAAAGAUCUGACGUUCGAAAGAGUGAAAAACAAUAUUGUCUUGAAUCAUGACAUUCUCAUGACAACUGCCGCUUUGGGUGGUGAGAUCGUUGUUCCAACCAUAGAUGGUCAGAAAAUUAAGCUUAAAAUACGCCCUGGUGUUCAAUCCGGGAAAAAGUUGACGAUACCGGACAAAGGUGUGCCAAUAAAUAGAAACAUGGCCAACAGGGGCGAUAUGGUUGUCGUAUUAAAUGUGAGGACUUUAACACCGGAGACUCCCGUUCAAACAGCCUUGCUUGAAGCCCUCUCCGACGCAUUCAAUGACAGAAACGCCAAGAGAAUGCACGGUGACUUGAAGAAUGAUAUCGAUGAAUUGCAACACGAUGAAGCAAUAGACGAAAAUCAAUUGCACCCCUCCAAAUUGAAGAAAAUGGGACAAAUGCUCGGUAAAUUCUUCAAUUUGAAGGAUGAACAGAAAUAG